AUGAUCCACUCCCACAGGCCGGAUGUCCUGGGUCUGGUUGAACCUAAAGUCUCGGGCUCCCAGGCUAAUGUCAUUUGCACAAAGCUGGGUUUCUCGGAUUGGAUCCGGGUAGAGGCGGUUGGGUUUAGCGGUGGAAUUUGGGUCUUCUGGAAUAACUCUUUACAUAUUUCAGUAAUACGCACUUAUCCCCAAUUCGUGCUUCUCCAGGGCCAGGAGGCAAACCAGGAGGCUUGGCACUAUGCGGUGGUCUAUAGAAGCCUGACCCACAACCUCAGACGGAGGCUCUGGAGUGAAUUGUCUUUGGCUAAACACGGGAUUACAGGAGCUUGGAUGGUGGCCGGGGAUUUCAACUCAGUUGUCAGCCAAGAGGAAACCAAUAAUUAUAGCGUGUUCUCGUUGCAACGCAGUUCAGACUUUGUCGAUUGGAUUCAGACAGAAGGCUUCAUCGAUAUGGGCUUCAGCGGCCCCGCGCUUACCUGGGCUAAAGGAGGUUCUUCUGGUCAAACAAAAGGAGCUAGACUUGACAGGGCCCUCUGUAACGUUAGCUGGCGACAGCGCUUCCCGAAAGCUAACGUCACGCACCUUCCGCGGGUCUCUUCUGACCAUGCUCAUCUUCUCAUUCGGCUUACGGACAGCAGGGGCAACCAUGGACAAACCGGUUUCAAAUUUCGGGCAGCAUGGCUCACGUCCCCGCAACUGCUAGAGGUUGUUCACAACACUUGGAGAAAGGACCAAUGCCUGCAGGAUAAUAUUUGGCGAAUGUCUGUGGAAUUGACCAAAUGGAAUAGGGAAGUCCUUGGAAGCAUUACUCACCGCAAAAAUAUUGUCCUGUCCCGGUUAGGAGGGAUCCAGAAAAGCCUGGUGAAGUUAGAGAAGAAACUUACGGAGGAAUAUCAGAACAUUUUGUAUCAGGAGGAACUCACGUGGUUCCAACGAUCUAGGGAAGAAUGGAUCGUUUCAAGUGACCGUAACACAGCCUACUACCACGCUGCCGCCACCAUCAGGAAGGCUCGUAACACUGUGACUUAUCUGAAGGAUGAGAAUGGUGUGUGGAUUGAGGACGUGGACCUACUCAAAGAUCACGUUCGACAAUACUACAUGACUCUUUUUGAAUGCGACGGAAACAGGAGGAGGUGCAACGACUGA